AUGGACACCACAGGCGCUGUACUCGCCCGCUCUGUUGGUGGCUGCACCAACCCCUAUCUGCUAUCACCAGAGGCUGUGGCCGAUGAGAUCGUGACCAUGGUGCGCAAGGCGGUGGACGAGCUCGAUGGCGCCCAGCUUCCGAUUCCCGCGCUGGGUCUUGCGCUGUCGGGAGGCGAAAAGGGUGAGAUGGCCGAGAAGCUGACAGAGGCUGUUCUUGCCCAUCCAGAGGGCGGGUGCGGGCUGGUUGGCACACUACUGUGCGUCAACGACACGAUGGGCCCGAUUGCGGCCGCAACGCCCGAGGCCACCGGGGUGUGUCUCAUCUCGGGCACCGGCUCCAACUGCCGGGCGGUGCUGCCGGACGGCUCGCGCUGUGGCGUCGGCGGGUGGGGCCACCUACUUGGCGACGAUGGCUCAGCGUACGAUCUCGCGUCGACUACGCUCAAGACGCUAUUGCGGGCCAUGGACGGGUUCAUGGUCGAGGACGACCCGCUGGCGGCCAUGGACCCGACGCGGGCGACGGCGGUGGUGAUCGAGCACUUUGGUCUUGCCGCGCCUGACGACGCCACCCCGGUCCUUGAGGGCCUCUUGCCCAUCAUGUACUCGAGUUUCGAGAAGGCGCGCAUUGCAAGCCUGACGGCCAAGCUCUCGGUCGCAGCCCGCGAUGGCGACGAGCUCUGCGCUGCGCUCUUUGCGCGAACCGGCCGACUGCUUGCACGGCACGUGUGCGCGCUUGCGCCGCGUCUGCCGGUAUCCAUGACCAAAGUCCCCGGUGGGUUGGUCAUUGUCGCCACUGGCUCGGUCUUCCAGUCAUGGGAUCUGCUCUGCGACGCGUUUGUGACGACGCUAACCGGCGGCUCGCCGACGCGUAGUCUGGACGCAUUUACGCUUGUCACGCUCUCCGAGACUUCUGCAGUGGGAGCGGCGCGCAUGGCCGCCAUCAAAGGCGGCAUCGAGCUGGCGUACGACCCGUCGCCGUAUGUCGACGUGCUGUACAGCCACCCUCCACAGGCGGGCGGCAAGUCAUGAGUGCGCGCCGG